AUGGACCCGAGCAACUGGAGCAGCUUCAUCUUCCAGGUAACCCCCCCUCCCUUCUCCUCCACCUUCCCCCCUCCCUUCUCCGCUAAAAAAAGGGGGGGAGCGCGAGCGGAGGACAAGGGAGCGCAAGCAAGAGCUCUAGGCUCCCCGCUCACACCCUCCCUGCCCCGCCCCUCCCCUCGGGAAUCCCAGCGGGCGGGGGCCCUUGCGCGCGCGGGCCAGCAGGGCGCACUCAGCACGCGCUCCCCCCCCCCGCCUCGCGCUGCCCCAACGGUCACCUCCCUCCGCCCAGCGCAGCCUUGCGCUCCCCCUACCCCCUCGUUCUCUACGCUCGCUGUGCCCAGCCCCUCCCUCCGCCUCGCGCUUCAUCUCCCUCUCCCCCCCCACCAACGGUCACCUCCCUCUCGCGCUCGCUCUGCCCAUCCCCUCGCGCUUGUCCCCCACCUUUUUCCCUGCCAGUUGCUACCUCGGUGCCUCCUCGGUCCCACUCCCAGUGAUCCUGCUUUCCAAAAUGCCCCCCCUCAGAUACACACGCACUACAGCUGCCUCGCCCUCUCCAAGGCUACGCGCGCAUAAUCCUCUCUUCCCGUCAUGCCCCCCACAAAAUAAAAUGUCCUCCUGCCAUAAUUGCUUUCCCCUCCCCAAAGCUGUGCCCUCUAGGGGUUUCUGCCUAACACCAGUGCGAGUUUGGCCACACAUGCCAAGGAGAGGCUUCAUGCUCAUUUCCUGGCCCCGCUAUUUACUUACCCUGAAGCGCAGGCACAAAAGGAGGUAGCUAGGUGUGACCUUUGGCAGCCAACAGGUGUAGUGUUGGAUUUCCCACCUGUUUCCUGCCUACCUUUAUGUGUGGACUCCUAAAGGGGCCGUCUCUGGACAUUAAAAAAUGCAGGGAGAUGACCCCACUUCUUUCCUCCUCACCUACAAAUGCAUUAUGAUAUAGAUAGUGGCUGUAUACACGGUGGGAGGUACAUUAACUCCAACUUUUCCUGUGACCAGGCAUGUGUGGCCAAAUUUUGUCAAGAUUGCAUGAGGCCCCUACUUCCCCACCCUUUGGAGCUCCUUGUCUUAACCUCCUGCUUCCACUUCUUGAGCCUCCCUUGCAGACAAUUUCCUCUUUAAACCUGCAGCCCCACCUCCCCAGCCACCUCCCCUUUCCAGUUUCUGACCAAAUAAUAACCUCCUGCCUGCUGCUGUCACCCUUGGCUCCUUUCCUGGGUAAUCGCCCUCCCUCCUAGUGCUUCCUGUCCAGGUUUUCCCUUUGCAGAGCUCAGCCUCAGGCCUUCCCCUUUUUCAGAUAUGCAACUACUGUACUUGCUUUUCCCUUAAUGCCUCUCCUCUUAUAAGUCAAAGAGACAUGGCUCCCCUAGUACUUCACCAUCAUGUGUGUGGUUGGGGAGGGGGAUCUCCCAGGCAUAGACCUUAACAUAAUGCUGGCCCAUAUCUACUGCUGUUGGGAAACCCUUGCCUGUCCUUUUCCCCAUUCCCGAAGAAAAGUAGACUCUCCUAGUACAUGCCCUCUUUUAUUCCAUACUUUUGUACACAAUAGUCAAACCCUCAUCUUGGCCCAGUGUAGCAAUUUAUCUUUACAGUCCCAUACCUUACACCCAGCUUUCUAUUCUCCCACAAACAAACUUUCCUCCUUUCCCACACCAUGGGAAACCAACUACGUUCUGCUUAGAGUAGACCCACUGAAAUUAAUGGACCAGAAAGGCAUAUUUAUUAAUUUAAAUUGCCCUACUUACAUUGGAUUCAACCCCAUAUUUUUCCUGUUGUAAACCAUAACUACUCCACAAUUACAUUCAGUGCUUGAAGUUACUUGGGUCAAGCAAUUGCUGCUCUCUCUACAUCUUUCAUCUCAUCAUCCAUAGUUCCUGUGGAAUAACCAAACACACCGAUUUCCUACAAUUACCCAUUUCUCUCUUGCCGUCCUUUGAAUUUACGGUAACUCUUGAGUUUCCAAAUUUGCUGAAAGGUGGGGAGGAUUCUUUUUCUUUUAAGGUUCCCUAAUCUUUCUUUUUUUCUGUCUCUUUAGCAGAGUCAUACACAGAACCCUCUGCAGGUUGGGACCGAAAUCCAGUCCAGAUUUUUUGCUGCUCAGGGCUGCAGUCAAAGCCCCUUCCAGGUGAGCUCUGUCUGGGCACCAAAUGGAGAGCGAUGGACCCCUUUGAAAAACGAUAUCUACUUGAGGCAGCUGCAUCUCAGUGCUGGAGACCAAAAUUUUUUAUACGAAUUGCCUCAACCUCAAAGGGUACCCUGUACAAAUACUUGAUUUUAAAAAAUAAUUUCUGUAUUUCUUACUGUAAAUACUGUUUUACAUUUAUUUAGCCACUCUUACUUGAUGUCAGUCACUUAAUGUUUAUUUUUAUUUGUUUACUUUCAGCAUUUAUAUACCACCCAAUUAACCAUGUCCUCUGGGCAGUUCACAAAUUAAAAUCAAUAAAAUACAACUAUAUUCAGUCAAUUAAAAUCAUUACAGAAGCAGCACCAAUUUAAAAAAAACAGCAUAAAACAGUUGUGGGACUGAGGCUCUGAAAUAAUGAUUUGCCAGAGACCACCCUAUAAAGCUUGUGCAGAGUUUUAAAGCCAAGUACUUAAAUCUAUACCCUUAUGUUAAAAGAAACCGUCCCCUUCUCCCAGUUCACAGUUACCAAACCCAUGAAGUGGUGCACUUCAAGUUUACUCUGAAUUAAAAGUUAAAGUUUUACUGGGGCCAAGAAUUCUGCCUUGCUGUGCAGAUAUUACUUUGGUUCUAUUUAGAUUUAUUUUGCUUUUAUUAAUAUUACUAGCCUCAUAUAUCCCAGACUUCAACAGGUAACAAAUUAAAACAAAAUAAAUUAUUAUUGUGUAAAUACCCUGAUAGGCAGCUUUAUCCCAUACACAUUUUUUCAGAAGUGUCACCAUGGUCAGUAGGCGUAGGAUUGCAGUUUAAGGUCAGCCCUUCCCUGGUUAACUUUAUACUUUAAAAAGCAAUCUGAAUCAAAGUUUUAUUGGGUAAUAUCUAAUUAAAUCAUACCCUGAGUAGACCCAGUGAAAUCAACUGGUGUUACUUAGGUUCAUUGAUUUCAGUGGAUCUGUUUUGAGUAUAACUAAUGUUGCAUAUAGCUGGUUGUUUUGGAAGCUACCCAGACUUGGAUGCUGACAAACCUCUACCAGAGAAAGAACUAUUUGAACUUCACUUACAGAUAAUGCUCUAAAUUGAAUUUAAAAGGUCGUGAAGGAACAUAACCAAGACAACUGUAUUUUUGAAUAAUAACAGAUCUCUGAAAUGCUAGAUUGAACUUAGGUUUAUGUAGUGGUUUGUCAUUUUUCCUGAUAGCAUCCCUUGUUCCAUUUUUCUGACCAGUGUACAGAGAUUAAGGGGUUAGUCCUUCACACAUUUUCCUGGGAAUAAGCAAUACAAAACAAAGCAUAAUUUACUUCCAAGUAACUCUGCCUAGUUUCUGACACAUAUGACUUGACCUUGGUCACAAAUCAGUGACUGAACAGGAAUUUGAAUUCAAGUCUCUUCUUAACUUCGCAUCUAUAGAAUGUAAGAAAGACUGUCACUUCAUGAUAUGGUAGUUGUCCUUACUGUUUUCUGAUGGUGAUGGGCACUAGAAAGUCUUCUAGCCAGGCAAGCCAGCACCAUGGGUCCUUAUGUAUUUCUUUGUUGCCUGGAGUUAAAUUAUGUUCAUCACCUUAUAUAGCUAAUGCACAAAAGCUUCUCAGUGAAGAAGUAAUUUUUGGUUUGUAGAAUUUGGAGUGAAAAAAAUUAAUCUCUCUUUGUAAAUGUGAAAAUCACAAAGUAAAAUGGCUUAGUUUGGACCCAUGGAUUGCCAUAUAUGGACUGAACAUAUUUUCAUUGAAAUUGAUUUCUAAAUUGUUAGCAUUUUUAAAAGAAUACUUUUCUAGAUUUUUAAAAGGUUCCAAACACAUUUUUCUCUAAUCCUGUGAUUUAUUUCCUGAUUGAAAAUUCUGGGAAAUAUUUUGGCUAAGGAAUAAGAACAAAUUGGUGUCUAAAUGGUUGUUGGCUCAAAUCUAUGCAUUUCUUCUUUCUAAAAGCCUUGUAAAUAAGUUUACAAACAUUGCUUUUCUGCCAUGUUUUUACUAGCACGCUAGGGAUGGCAGAUGGACAGAGAGCUUUGUCCCUCCUGCAUCAGUUAGCUGCAUUUCUCUGGUAGGUGCACAGGAGGGAUGGAAAACUCCUUCCUGAGACUGCUCACUUGCCUGCAUAGAAUUCCUUCUCACUGAUGGCUACCAGGCUAGUACUUAAAUAGUACAAAGCUGCAUCAGACAUAUAUGUAAGCUGAAUUGUAGGCUGAAUUUCUUUUCUAAUGUGUUUUUUAUAUUCUGCUCGUACUCGGAACUCCCAUCCAAGAGAAUGAUCAGGUUCACACCUGAUUAGCUUCAGGCAUGCUGUGGUUUCCACACCAUUCACUGGCAUCAGUUUUAAAGGCUUAUGAUGAUAUUAUUAGUAUUAUUAGAAUGGAGGGUACACAUUUAAGAUAGGCAGAAAGCUAUCCCAGAUAAAGUUUCUGUAAUCCAAGUUUGUAAAUAGCCAAUCAUCCAGUUGCCUUUGACACACAGGCAACCAGCAAGAAAUGUUUAACAAACUGGAACCUGGUUGUCCUUCUCCCACCUGUAAACGUGCAGAUGCAUGAGAGCAAAUGGGCUAGUAUUUUCUGUGGUUGGAGUUAGGGUGAAGCUUCCAGUACACUUAAGCUGAUGGCACUGUACUGAGCUAGAUUUUCCAGACUUAGUAAGAAAUACCAAAGUCUUCACUUUGCAGGGCAUGGUAUCUGUAAAAGCAGAGCUCUCCAACUCUGAGAUGCCCAGGUCUUUAACUUGAAUUCUAACUAUUCAGUGGAGCUGGUGAGUGUUUGUAGCGAGUAUUCCUGCUUCUCCUCCCAUAACAUUUGGUAAAUAAUAAUCCAGCCCAUCUUAAUCUUCCCCCACCUAAGAUGAGUUCAAGCUAGUUUAUGAGAGAUGGAUGCUUUUGAAAUGGGAAUUUACUAUUCCAUCCACUCUACAAGUUACUAGAAUACUGUAGGCUUUCAGAAUUCAUUGUUCAUUACUGUAUUUUUCAAGUAUAAAAUCUCUUUUUCUGUUCAGACUGCCACCACAACAGCCCCUCCCCAGCAGACAGCCACCCCUGCUGAAUCCCUCCAAGUGGAUCUCCUUCCAGUCUUGGCUGCAGCCCAGGAAACAGCUGCUGCUGCUGCUGUGGUUGCUGCCGCUACUGGCUCUGCACCAUCUGCUUCCACAGUAGACACGGCCGCUUUGAAGCAGCAGCAACCUUCUGCCUCUGAGGGUGGUGGUGGGCAGGUAGCACCAUCCUCUCAAACUACACAAGCCCCAACCUCCCAGGCAGCUUCUGCUACGCAACAGCAAGGUGAUGCCCAGAAGAAGCCCAAGAGCAAAGGUCCCUACAUCUGCUCCCUGUGUGCUAAAGAAUUCAAAAAUGGCUACAACCUGCGGCGCCAUGAAGCCAUUCAUACGGGGGCCAAAGCUUCUCGCGCUGGACCCACGACCAUGAAGAUGCCCACCAUGGUCCCCCUCAGCUUGCUUAGUGUUUCCGCCAUCGGUGGCACAACAGCAGCAACACCUGCCCCUGCCGAAGGUGCAGGAAACACAGCAGGGUCAGGAGCAGGGCUGGUGACCACUACAGCAUCAGGCAAACGCAUCCGGAAGAACCAUGCUUGUGAGAUGUGUGGGAAAGCCUUCCGGGACGUCUACCAUCUCAAUCGGCAUAAGUUGUCCCAUUCAGACGAGAAGCCCUACCAGUGUCCUGUCUGCCAGCAGCGAUUCAAGCGGAAGGACCGCAUGAGCUAUCACGUCCGUUCGCAUGAUGGUGCUGUGCACAAGCCGUACAUCUGCAGCCACUGUGGGAAGAGUUUCUCUCGGUACGAGGGAUUCAAGGGUGCAGGGAGGAGGCAGUUCAAAGGGGACUUGUUGCAGGGCUUACGUGAGGAAGGUUGGCUUUUAGAAAAGGUGUUUCCCCUUGUGAUAGAGAAUAAGCUUUAGCAGACAACAUCCUGAACCAGUAUGAGUUAGGAUGGCGCUAUUACACUAGAAGCUAACAUUAACUGAUUGAGGGAUGUCUGGGGGCGCCUCAGGAUCCCUUCCCUUUGCAGCUCUUGCCAUAACUCAAAUUCCUCCAAGCCUAAUCUUGACUACCUUGGCCAUAUAAGAGGUUUUCUAAGGGACACCAGCUGGUGCUGGUUCUGUGGGAGGACUCCAGAACAGUAAAGACCGCAUGGGAAAUCCAUCCAAAUCCCUCACCAGUUCCAUUCCUAGGAGCAGCUAACUCAUUGCAGUUCUUACGUACCAAUCCAGCUGAACAAACAGGACAGAAAGAAAGGAAAGGGGAGGCAUGUGAAAGCACAUAUUUUCUCAAUUGUGGUUCACUGACUUAUUUUAAGUUGGCAGUGUAUAACCCAAUCCAGAAAAUUUCCCCAGUCCUGCCACUAGUACUUUUGUAUUAUAAUACCAGAGAGUGUUAGGCAGUGUUUCUUUCUGACUACCUAUAAAAUGCAACCAUUAACAAGAGGCUUCUAACUGGGAUUGAGGCAUCAACACCCAUGGGAGGUAAGUGUAGACAUUCAAAGAACCUUCACAAAAGUGCAACAAGUGGCUUUCAUAAAGUAUUGAAAAGAAACAGGAAAAUGUAAAUAUAACCCCACAAUUUAAUAUUGCCCAUUUCAGGUCAGAUUCAAACAUGUAGAAAUAGCAUAAGACUUCUCCUUACUUUGUCAACUCAACAGACGUAUCCGUGUUUCAUUGUUCCUCCGUGUAAAAACAAAUCCCUGCAUAUACUGAACUAGCAUGUUAGUAAGAAACUAAAAGCUUUCUUGACAUGCUAGCUUUUCAUUCAAGGGAUUUGUUUUAACAGGAAGGUGUAUUCAAACAUGUAGUCCCUCACCUGCAGUCUGAAGUGUACAGUUCAAGAAGUGCCAGAUCUAUGGAAUUUCUUUGCAUAUUAAUUGGCUGUUAGAUCAAGCAACAGACAAUGAGGUCAGCUUGUGGGGAAAGAAAACCUCACAUUUCCAGAAUUAAACAUUUGCAAAUGUACUUAGUAAUUGCAUUGUCACCAUGCUGGCAGCAUAGAACACUGAUAAGUUGCAGCCUGAUCAGAAAGGCUCUGUGACCAGGUUUCUCUCCCUUUGUUUCUGAGAUUUUACCAGAAUUGCCCUUACAUUUGCCAGCUUUUCUGUACAAUUGUAGAAAGAAUGCACUUGCUCUUUAAAAUAAGUUAGGCCAUCUCAAUUCCUACACUUGGCCCAGGUUUUGUGUGGACCUGCAGUUGCAUGGAAUACCAAGAACAGCCUGUCCUCAAAAUACAAAGAAAAUUCCAGAGAAACAAAUUGCCCCAUGGGCUUUAGAUGUUCUUGUAAGCCCCCAGUAAAAGCAUGAACAUAAAAAGAAGGUGCUGAAGUUUUCUGAUCUGACAGCCCCUUGUAGAAAUGGAAGCAAUACCCAUAGAUAUCAGGGUGGUUCACAACAUAAAAUUACAAAUUUAUUUAACCUAUUUUAAAAAAAAUUCUAGUAACAUUCCAGGCUUCACAGCUCCUAGAGGCCAUAGAGUCAGGCUUCUGACUUGCAACAAUAAAGGAGUAAACAUGAACUUUUAAAGAAAUAACUUUAGAAAUGCAACCUUUUUAAAGUAGGUCUUUAAAAUAUGAGUGUUGGUAUGGUCUGAUACAUAUACACUCAAGUCACACUGAACUACAGAAAAUACAGAGGACCGUUAACACCUGACUAGAAUACACUGUUUUCUACACCCUUUUUGUUUAUUUCGUUGGGUAGAAACUACUUGAAUAUAUCCAGAAUUUCUUUUCAUCACCACAAGGGCUUGUAAUUUUAGCAGCAGAAAGCACAUAUAAAUUACACAUGUGCUGUAGAAAUUUCCUCUAGGCAAGCUAUCUAUAUAUAUUCAAGGUUGCUCCCAACACUGCACUUUCUUACCCUUUCAAAUAAGUGACAACCUUUAUUUUAUUUAUUUAACAACAUUUAUAUGCCAUUUUAUUGUAACAAACCCUCUAAAAGGUUUACAAGAAUAUUAUUAACAAAGCUAGUUAAAAAUAAGAAACGUUAAAAAAAAUUAAAAUCAGCUCUAAACUAAAAAGAGAUUAAAACAUGUCAGCAUCUCUCAGUUCUAAGUUUACAGUUUCUAUUUUCAGCUUGCUUUCUAAUGGAGGGUUCCCUGUAAAUCAAUUGGAUUCUUGAGUGUCAAAUCCUUUUCUGAAUUGUUUUCCAGCUUAGGUUUUAUCAGUAUCUGUGACUAAUCUGUGGCUAAUUAAUAAACCAUUGAGUGGAUGAAUUCCCCAAGAACAUUUCUGUAGGCACAUAGUCUCCCUCACUCAUCUUGCCUAGACUCACAUCAGUGCAUGCUUGAAAAUGAUGAAUUAAGCCUGUUAAAAUUAUAACUGGCACUUUUUAAUGACAGAGUUAUUUUACUGUUAACAGCUGCAAGCUAACUGGCGUUUAAGAGGAACAGCUUUUCCAAAAGAAGCAUAUUCCUGUGCAUCUGUUAAAAGCAGAAAAACUUUACCAGUAAAAGAAACAGGGACAACCCAGCUUUAGGAGACAUGAAACUAUAGCAACAUAGUUGGGAUUGAGAAGGAAAAGGAGAUGAAUUUAAUAAUGGGGGGACAUGGACCUUUAUAGCAGGGAAUGAAAGAGAAUUCCUCAAGAACAGAUCACUUACUUGAAUAUUUCUUGCCUCCCACAGUCCGGACCAUUUGAACAGCCAUGUGCGGCAAGUCCACUCGACAGAGAGGCCCUUCAAAUGUGAGGUACCUUCCCCCACUGACAGUAUUGCUGUAUCAACUCUCUACUCCCUCCCAUUAUUUAAUUUGUCCCCAAUAAUCUGCCUGAGUUUCUGGUGCAAGAGAAGGCAAUGUCAGGUCCCCUGUACUUAAAGGGAACUUUGCACGUUCUCAAGUCCCGUAGUCUUUGGUUGCCUUGGGAAGUGGGCUGCUGUAGGCAAAAACAUUUUCGCCAUGAUUCCUUUCUCUCUGUUUCUGCAGACAUGUGAAGCAGCCUUUGCCACCAAGGAUCGGCUGCGUGCUCACACAGUCCGUCAUGAGGAGAAGGUGCCAUGUCACGUGUGUGGAAAGAUGCUGAGCGCCGCCUACAUCACGGACCACAUGAAAGUACACAGCCAAGGGCCGAAUCAUGUCUGCGAACUGUGCAACAAAGGUAAGAGGACAGGGCUCUCUGUGAAAGUAUCUGGAAGGGAGAGAAAAAUACUUAACCGUCUCUUCUGGGAAUGCUAGCAGUCGCACAGUACAAUCUGAUGUAGGUUUUGUAAGAAUUAGGUUUCAAUGGAGCUUACUCCCAGCUGCAUUUGCAUAGGAUUCCAACUUUAAUUGGUACUUGCAUAAGUGCUUGCUCCUUUAUAAUAUGGUUCCUCAGCAUAUCAGCCAGAGUCAUGCUUGAGACCUGCUUCAGGUUAUUUCAUUUGCAGUUUGAAUUAGAUGUGGCUGGUUUUCCACAAGCUUUCAAACAGACCUGCCAGGUUCUCACUAACUUCAGCUCAGCUGAACAGCCAUGGAUGGUGACCCACCAGGGCCUUAUAUUGGUUUAUUAUCCAACUGACAGGCCGCAGUAUGUGGUAGGUGGGCUGCAUUCAUCUUGGUAAGUCAAAGUUGCACAUGCCUGCUUUAGAAGUAGUCAGCCGGAUUUGAAUCCUUUACAUGUGAGGCCAAACUUCCUCUCUGUGAGCCUUAAAUACAGAAUUGCAGAAGAGGACUGACUUGAUAAGAAUAUAUAAUAAUGCCUUUGAAACAAGCUGCAUUUGAAGGACCAAUGUUGAGACCAGGCAGCAUUUUAUUUUUGUUGGCCGGCAGCUGUUGCUCAGACUUCCUGCUUUAUCUCAACAAGAAAACUGCUUGGCAAGACAGCUGGCUCCUAAUCUUUUUUUCUCCAUUUACAUGUCCGAGUAUCUCCUUAGUACCAUUUUGCCACAGGCUUAAAUAGCUUCACUGUACUGUGUAAGUGUAGGAUGACAUGAUUUAUUGUAUAUAGUUAGAUUUGCUAAUUCUCCAUAUAUAGGUGGAAUCCAAUGUGCAGGUAGAUAACUAAACAGUAUGAAAAGAGGACUGCUAAUAUUUGAAUUGUGUGUGUUACAACUUUACCCAUCUGACAUACUUAGAUGGGUAUAUUAUUUUUAAAUAGAAAACAAUAUCCUUAAAACAUAAGUCAAAAUAGGCUGAAUAAUGUGCAGGUUAGUAAGAAACAGUUUUUAAAAAAACAAUAAUAAUAACAAUCUGCUUUUCCUUUGUGGAAACACCUGGAUUAUCUCACUGGAUAAUGUGCAUAAUCCAUUAUGCUUUACCCAUAUAUUUAAAAUAAAAUCUUAAACAUAUUGUAGAUAACUGGAUUCUCAGAAGCAUAAAGCAGCAGUUUACUAUUAAUCACUUCUUAUAAUUCUUUUAUGGCUUAAAUAUUUCAUGUUGCAGAGAAUAUAGAUAACAUAGAUUUGCUGUGGGGCGGGAGCAGGAAAUCUGCUUUCUUCUUCUCAUCCAGCUACUUCUGGUCUAGGAUUACAGCUCUGAUAUUUUUGUGUUGAGUCUUAAGUUCCUCACCUUUACUUCCUCAAUGCCGCGAUGCAGCUGCCCCUAGAGUGGGGUCUGUUGUUCAUACAGAGAUAGCUUACCUGGUGGCAAGAUGCAGCCAUCUCUGGGGUGGAGAAGCUGCCUCUUCACCAGGGAGCCCUGUCGCAAUGGAUCUUUCACUAGAUGUUGAGACGCAGCCGCCUCUAGGGUGAGGCACAGCCAAGCAUUACAGGACACUGGAGUACGUUUUCAGUAGACCGGACACUGACCUGGCUGGUUUUUGUCCUUCUCCCCCUCCCGUAGGGUUCACCACAGCGGCCUACCUCAGGGUCCACGCGGUCAAGGACCACGGACUGGCCGCCCCGCGGCUGGAGCGUUUCCUUUGCAAGCUGUGUGGCGUGCACUGCAAGACCCCGGCUCAGCUCAACGGGCAUCUGCAGACGCACGCAGGAGAAGGGGCUGCGGCCACUGAGGGCCAACCGCUGCGGUGA